AUGGCAGCAUCUAUCCUCUAUCGACGAGCUCCCACUUUGAGCUCUUUCUCACGACAACCUCUCUCUUCCACAUUAUCCAAAUUCAUCACCAUGACAUCCCACCGAUCAUUCUCAUCAUAUCUCGUCACUCCAUCCGAGCUCUCCGAAGCUCUUAAAAAGAAUUCUCCCUCCAAGAUCUCCACAUCUCCCCGCACCGUUGCUGUCUGCUCAACAUGGUUCCUCCCCACCUCUCCUCUGAAUGGUCUCCAAACCUUCCGCGAAAAGCGAAUUCCCUCCAGUCGUUUCUUCGAUCUCGAUAAAGUAUGCGACAAACGCUCUCCUUAUCCUCAUAUGCUCCCCGAUCCUAAAACCUUCGCAUCUGCUAUGAGCGCGUUGGGAAUCCGCAGAGAUGAUACUGUCGUAGUUUACGAUUCAUAUGAGCAAGGUCUAUUCAGCGCGCCGAGAGUGGGAUGGACGUUGAAGGUUUUUGGACAUCCCAGCGUACAUGUUUUGAACAAUUUCAAAUUGUGGGUGGAAGAGGGGUAUCCAACGGAAAGUGGGGAAUUCUGGGAUGUUGAUACUUGCGCAUAUCCAAUUCCACAAUUAGACGAAAGUAAAGUUGCGGAUUUCGAGGAGGUUGGUGAAAUCAUUAAGGAUACUGGUAAAGAGGGAGCGGAAGGUGUACAAAUAUUGGACGCUAGGAGUCAUGGAAGGUGGACAGGAAAGGAUCCAGAGCCUAGAGAGGGUUUGACGAGUGGUCAUAUGAAGGGUAGUAUCAGUAUGCCCAUGGGAGAGCUAUUGGAUCCGGUUACUAAGACUUUAUUACCCGCGGACCAAUUGAGAAAGGUAUUCGAGAGUAAGGGUAUUGAUCCGAUGAAGCCUAUUGUCAGCAGUUGUGGUACGGGUGUUACCGCUACGAUUAUCGAUGCUGCAUUGACACAGGCAUAUGGAGAGACAGGUGUGAGGAAAGUAUAUGAUGGAAGUUGGACGGAGUUUGCUCAAAGAUCCAAGAUAUCUGAUGGAUUAAUCGUCAAGGAUGAAUAA